AAUAUGGCAGUCAGAUAUCCAUUAUUAGUUAUUAAGCGAUGUUUUGCUGCGGCUCCAACAAAAACAAUUAUAGACGUCCAAAAAGCACUGGAACGUCAUGUGUCAAUGCUCAGUAAGAAUGUGAAUAAGUCAAAUUACUGCAUACAAUGCAAUAACUUAAAUCUGUUGCAUGAUAAAGAUACAAUUUUGCUACAGCCGCAUAAAUUAUAUCACUACAGUCCAUUACUUGAAAAAUUUAGUCGAGCAGAAGUAGCGAAGUAUCGAACGAUGAACGAUAGCAAGGAUCAAGUAGUGAUACCAUUAAGUUCAGUAGGACGCAAUGAAUUUUUUUACAAAAAGUACAUAAGUUGGAGUGAUAAUGUGAGAUUUGGAAUACUUCUUGAAGAUCUCGACACUUUUGCUGUGUGGUUGGCGUAUCGACACAAUCAUGGGAAUAUAUUUUCACUCAGCACGAAAAUUCAUGAACCAAUGACAUUUGUCACAGCAUGUGUUGAUCAUAUCAAGUUGGAUGACCGACACAAAAUUGGUCUUGAUGAAGAUAUUUAUAUGCAAGGUUUUGUUAGUUGGGUAGGUAGAUCCAGUCUCGAAGUCUCAAUGCAGCUUGUUCAGAACAGUAAUAGUGUACCAAAUAAGUUUCUGCAAUCAAAGUUUGUGAUGGUUGCAAGAGAUUUGGAAGGCAAACGGUCAUUAACAAACGUUCCUUUAGUUACAACGAAUUCAAAAGAAGAAUCAAUUUUUAACGAAGGAAAAGAAGCGCAUAUUUUGAGGAAAUUAAAAGAAGAAAAAUCACUACUAAAAACACCACCCAAUGAAGAGGAAACCACAUGGUUGCAUGACAUGUUUAAAAAAACUAUUCAGUUUGGUGGAUAUAAGGUUCAAGGUCGAAUUCUACCACCAAAUCAUGUUUGGAUUCAUGAUGCUUGUCUCUCCAAUAGCAUCAUAUGUUUUCCUGUGAAACGAAAUAUAUAUGGAAAAAUAUUUGGUGGCUUUUUGAUGCGUAAAGCUUUGGAAUUGGCUUGGUCUAAUGCUUGCUUGUUUAGUGGCAAUCGUUGCAACAUCUGUGGAGUGGAUGACAUAAUUUUUCGGAAAAGUGUAGAUGUAGGUGCAAUUUUGCUUCUAUCAAGUCAGGUAAAAACAAAUAGAUUUUUAAAUUGUCACUGCUAG